AUUAUAAAAAGUCAGUUCUCCCAAUAGCUUAACUUCCUAAGCUGUUUUUAAAUAAUAAAAGUUAAGUGUUGGCAUUCCUGGAAUGUUGUUUUUGAUUAUUCCAGGAGUAACACAAAUCUGUGUGCGUGUUUACAUGUUUUGCUUUUUAUGUGUUAGCAUUCCAAAGAGAAAAAGGAUUUUGUGAUUUUCCUGUAUCCUGUAAACUUUACUUAAUAAUUUUAACACUUUUUCAAUAUUUAUGCAUUUAUUUUGAAACAGCCAAAUGAAAAUAUAUCUCAAUACGAUUGAUUUUAAUGGGGAAAAUAACUGAAAACAAUGCUAGUUAAAAUGCUCAGCUUUGACUUAAUUCUAUCAUUAAUUCUGUUAUUAUGGUGCAAGCCAUUUUUAAUGUACAACAGAGAGUGUUUCCUGAACAGUAAUAGACUAUUAAAUCAAAUGCUAGUGAUUUUUUACAAGGAAACAUCUGCAUUGCAGAUGAUAUUCCUUGUUUGUUAAUAAAGUCCAGAUGUUCUGCAUCUCUUUCCAUUCAGUCUGAACAGCUUUCAGCUGAACUGUUUUGCUUUUUAAUGUACAUGACCCAGCAGUUUCUUGACACAUGCAGCAAAUCUGAGCAGAGUGAGGAAGGGCAUUGCAAAAGAAAUCUGUAGGAAAAUGUUGAGCUUAGCAAGGCUGGGGGCAGUAAAGAUAGGAGAACAAAGCAUGAGGAAGAUUUGAGCCCUCAAAUGCUGGGUUCCUUGGCACAGAAAUGCCUGAUGAGGAAGCUGAGGAUGAUAUCCCUAUGCAGCUUGUCAUUCAGCAAAGCCUGCAUGACAUACUCGGGAGCAAGACGGUGACAACCCCAAAGAGUGACAGCUUUUGUUUCGCAACAAGUCCAGAUUACAGAAAGAUCAUCGCUGCCAUUCGGACAGGUGAAGAAGAGUCUUUACUUAAGUUGAUGAGGAAUGGAUCUGCUUUUCAGGAAGUAGACUCCCAAGGUUGGCUUCCUCUUCAUGAAGCAGCAGUCCAACCAAACAAGACUAUUCUAGAAAUUACUCUGAAAGCUUCACAUCCUACUGUCUGGCAACAGACCAGCCUGAAAGGAGAAACUCCUCUGUUUCUGGCUGUGGACAAAUGUCUUGUGAAAAAUGUCAAUGUUCUGCUAAUCAAUGGGUUUGAUCCAGAUACCAGGAAUGAAGAAGGAGAUUCUGCUUUAAUUAUUGCUAUUGAACGUGAAUCAUAUGAAAUUGCUUCCUUAUUGAUACAAUUUGGUGCCAAUACCAAUCUACAGUGUAUCAACAAUAGGACAGCUUUACAUGAGGCAGCCAGAUUAGGCUUGAAAGACAUGGUGGAAUUACUACUUUGGUCCAAAGCAGAUGCAGAUCCACGAAGUUCUUAUGGGCUCACCCCUCUAGCGUUGGCAGCACAGAAUGGGCAUACAGAAAUUCUCGAACUCCUACUGUGUAAAGGUGCCAAUGUCCUUUCCCAAGCAUCAGAUUCUGCAUCUAUAUUAUUUGAGGCUGCUGGAGGAGGAAACCCAGAUUCCAUCUCUCUCCUACUAGAAUAUGGUGCUGAUGCCAAUGUACCAAAGCAGUCUGGUCAUCUUCCUAUCCAUAGAGCUGCUUAUAGAGGCCAUUUCUUGGCAUUGCAGAUUUUGAUUCCAGUCACAGAUUUCAGUGUCAUAAAGGAGAGUGGAAUCAGCCCACUUCACUCGGCGGCAGCAGGAAGACAUUCUCAGUGUCUUGAAUUUCUACUCAGAUCUGGAUUUGAGGCUAAUUUUAUGUUGGAUCGAAGAAUUCAGAAAAGCUACGAUGAUGAGAGGAAGUCAGCACUGUAUUUUGCUGUAUCUAAUGGGGAUAUUGAGUCCGCACAUUUGCUCCUGGAUGCUGGAGCCCUACCAAAUCAAGACCCUGUUAAUUGCCUCCAAGUGGCCUUGAGAAUGGGUAACUAUGAACUCAUCAGUCUCCUGCUUAGCCAUGGAGCCAACGUGAAUUACUUUUGUAGAGUCAAUACAACCCAUUUUCCAUCGGCUCUGCAGUACACACUGAAAGAUGAAGUCCUGUUAAGGAUGUUGUUGAAUUAUGGAUACAAUGUUUCCCGCUGUUUUGAUUGUCCUCAUGGAGACAGCAAGCAUUCCAAGUACUUAUUUGAAGGGUGGACCUCAACUGUUAUCAAAGACACAAUGUUCUGUGAAGUGAUUACACUAUCAUGGCUAAGGCACCUGUCUGGGAAGGUAGUGCGAGUGAUGCUAGAUUAUGUAGAUCAUAUUAGAAUAUGCUCUAAACUUCAGGAUACUCUUCAAGAACAAAAACUGUGGCCAGAAAUCCAUGCAAUUUUGACAAACACACGUCCUCUGCAACAUCUUUGCCGUCUGAGAAUCCGAAAAUGCUUAGGACGUUUACGUCUGCGCUGUCCUGUCUUCCUGACAUUUCUGCCGUUACCAAACCGUUUGAAAGAAUAUAUCCUCUAUAAGGAGUAUGAUCUCUAUGGACAAGGACAUCUAAAAGGAAUCAACUAAGUCAAAUGCAUAAAAGUGCAUUUGGAAGAUAUCCUAUAUAUAAAUGAACAGAAUAAAGAUAUCAAAGCAUGUUUAAAAUAGAAUUCUAGUUAGUACUAAUACGUCUGCUUGCUUUAUACUAGAGUACAUAAAAAGUACUUGGAUGAACAGUUAAUGCAAUGAAACCUUAUCAAGCCUCAGGACAGUUUUGCAGAUCUGAUUUAUGUCAUUUGCAUAGAUAGGUGGAACUUGAAAUAUCUAACACUGCACAAAUGUAACUUAUGUAAUUCAUGUAACAACACUCAAAUGAGAAUUGGGAGCUGAUGUCCCCAAACCCUGCGAUGCCCUGUCUUGAUUCAAUGGACACCUCAAUUGGUGUGGGUAAAAGGGGUUCCUUAUAUUUUCUAUCAGUGGAGGGGAUUUUCCUUGCAAUCCUCCAUAUGCUCACAAAAUCCACUGCAAUUAUUUUUCCAUCUGAGCUGUAAAUGUUGAAAGCAAUUUUUUUAAAUUGGCAACAACAUACAACAGUGUGCUCUUUGCUCACAGGUGCCCACAUUGUACUGAAAUAGCAUGCUGCUUUAACACAGAACACGUUUCAAGUAGUACAAGCAGGGCAUUUACUUUACUGCCUAGUCUUAUUUCUUUACAAAUACAGCUGAAUAUUCUCUUUAGAAGGAAAACAAUUUGCAUGUGUAAGGAGUGUUAAUUGGCACACAAAAAAAGGUCAUGCAUACACUCAUGGAAGGCCUCCUGGUUUGGUACUUGUAGUUUUAAGCAAGACUUCUCGUGUAUAUCUUAAAUAUAUAUAUUUAACUUUUAAAAUUUGGCUUUCCAAGUGAAGUUUAGUCUUAGAUUUUGUUGUGUGUUAUUCAGAGAUCUCUUAAUAGCCUAGGUUUCUGCUGCUCACAUCUUUAAGAUGCAAUUUAAAAUCCUAUGCCUUUUUAUCGCAACAAGCAUAUUUAUUGCAACUUCAAAAACAAAAUUGCAAUCUUUGUUUUAUAAUCCCAAAAUGUUUUCUUUUAAAAGCAGUAUUGUAAAUCAAGUAUUUCCAAAAUAAUUGAGGUCUUGCCAUGUACCUUUAUGUUACAGGUAUAAUGAAAAUUGUAUAUCCUUGUCUUGUGUAUUGCCUACCCUAGCUCCUUUGUAUAUAUUUUGACAUUGAAAACAAAGUAUUUUGAAAUAUUUAACAACUAUUAUGUCACCAGUAUUGCUUCACCUUUUGUCUAAGCAACUGCAACUACUAAACACGCAAUAUUUACAGACUUAAUUUUCAUAUAACAUGAAUUCUUCUAUAUUCUAGUCAAAUAAAGAUAGGACACCAGCUGUUAGUUUUGCUUUAUUAAGUACAAUAAAUGAAUCUCUGUUAUAUGGAUAUUCUUCCAUUACUGACAUAUUUAAAAUGCAUUUCACAAAGGUAUUUUGAAAGUGUCCAAUAUAUGAUGUGCUUUGAAGAACAAAUGCUGAUAAAAUAUUUACAUAUUGUAGAAAAGCAUCCUCUAAAAUUGACUGGAUUUUACUGAAAUAUUUCUCAAAUUGGUUUAUUAGUAUCAAGAUUUCAUACUGCAAUUGACAAUAUCGAGCAGACAAUCACUAAAUAUUAAUACAAUUAUGAGAAAUUAAGUUUUAAUUAGACUUUCAAUUUAAAAAUCACAGUCACUGAUACAAGACUAAAUCAUUACUUUCUGAUUAAUUCACUGUAUUAUAAAGGCCACCCCAAAUUUAGUGUACAAAUCUCUUGGCUUCUUUACAGAUUUCUUUAUGGAACAUUGUUUUCUCAGAUCCCUGAUGGUUGAUUAGUCCUAUACUAUGUCAUGAUCUCUGACUGCCUGACAGUGUUCCUGCAUCAAUUAGAAAGCCUGUCCCUCCAUGCAAUUUGCUUUCCCCAGGAGUGUGAAGGACCUUAUGCUACAGGGGAGGCAAAAGUCUUGUUCAAGCAGAAGUGUGCUUAAUUAGCCCAUGUAUCUGUAGAAAGAAAGUGAUUUCAGUUACAGAUGAAAACAAAACAAAUAGCAACCCUGUUUUGUUUUUUUUAAAUCAAUCCUAUAAAAUUAGUUGAAUGCCUCUGGCUUACAAUACAUGCAAAAUGUGUUUCUACAGUUCAUCAGGGAUGAAUAUUUUAUUCAAAGAAAUAUAGUAAUCUUAAUUUGAAUGUUGUCCUUAGAAAUAUGAUUUAAUACAGAAGGCAACUUAGAAGGUACACUUGUCCAGCAACAGUACACAACUGCCAAGUUAAUUUGUCCUUGACUGCAUAACCGUAUAAUUGUGUAUGCAAAAGCAAGUCCCACUCAGGUCAGUGGAGUUUACCCUCAGAAGAAUGAGAACAGAAAUGCUGACUCCAAGGUCUAUCUGCUGGCUCCAAGCAGUAAACCAAUCAGACAGCCAAAUCAUACUUUUUUCCUACUCAGAACAUUCCCACUAGAAAAUCUAAUGUGGGAAAUAGAGCUACUGAACACAAUCCAUACAAGUUGGAUUUUGUAAGUAACUGCAGAUGGGUACAUUCGAGGACAGUAGCCUGUGAACUGUUUAUUAUAAUAAAGUUCAUUUGGUAUUAUUCACAUUAUAAUACAUCUUUACAGAGAAUAUAUGUGUGUGUGUGUGUAUACACACACACAUACACAUACACACACACACACAUGUGUGUGUAUAUAUAUAUAAUAUACACAUGUAUAUAUAUACAUAUACAUAUAUAUACACAUAUAUAUAUACACAUAUACAUAUAUACAUAUACAUAUAUAUAUAUACACACAUACACACACACAUAUAUAUAUACACACACAUACAUAUACAUAGAGGUCAGCUGAAGAUUAGUCUGAAGCAUUAACAAAUAUUGGUUAAAAUGAACUGGUGAUUUACUUUAAAUUUAAAUGUAUGAUUUUAUAGUAUUAUGUGGCUUAACAGCUAUAAACUGGAUAAACAAUUACAACAGAUAUUGUCAAUUUGAGUGAGGUGGCACAAAAUAGAAUAAAUUGAAUAUAUGAUUUUCAUUAUCUACAAUUUUAUACUCAAGUUGAAACAUUAAGGGAAGUUUUCAAAAACUAGAAGGAGACGGCUCAACGAGCAAUCGCACCUCCUCUAUUUCUUGGGUCUCCAUGUGUCUUUACGCCCUUGCAGUUAGGAACGAAGGACAAACAUCCCUACUUGAUCUCAAAAGAUUUUCCAGCCCAGGUUAAUUGGCCUUCAAAGUUUUUCCUCCAUAGUCUCUGAUCAGCCUUCAAUUUCUGUACAAUUUCUGCUUGCAGAUUGCAAUAUAAAAGAGGACAAACCUACAGGUCUUUUGUAUUUACAGUACGCUUGUACUGGAAUGAAAAAUCACUUCAUGCUUUGUAUAUUAUAUUUGUCACAAAUUAAUAAGCUGAAGCAGAAUUACAAUUACCUGCCUGAUUUUUCUCAGAUUUAGCAAAUAUGUGCAAUUUGUAUGUAUUUCUAUUACAUGUAGAUUUAGGUUAAAUAUGACAACAGGUGUUAGAAAAAUUAUCUGACAAUUUUUCCAUGCAACUAAUUCUAUCACCAACAUAAAUCUCAAACUUUUGCUAAUGAAAAGACACUUACAAACCUGAUUCCAAUAAUCAUAGCAAUUCUGUUAGAAGUGUAUGCACAUUAUUCUCAUCUAGACAGUUAAAAGUCAAUUUGUAUAAUGUUACAAAUUUACACAGUGCAUUGACACUCCAAAGUACUUUCCAGUGUUUGGUUGAAUGUCUUUGCCACCCUCCACAAAGUGCUUUAUGUAUAUAGAGGAGAAGCCAAGAUCACUUCUAGCCAGUACAAUUUCAAGUAAAAAUGAUAAUUCUCAUAUUUCAUCUUAAAAAACUCAUACACUCUAGACCCAACACUUUCUCAGCAAAAGCAUUAAUUAAAAGUUAUGAGGCUGCUGCCAUUAUUGACCCCGCCAUUUUUAGGAAUCAAAAUUGGCUUUUUGUUCAGAGGCUUAGGAUACUUUGAAGACUAAAAUGAUUCAAUUUUUAUCAGAUCAAAUGUUAGUAUUUAAAAGUAGAACAAGACUCUUUAUUUUAAGCAGGAGACUAAAACAACUUCUCUGAAAACAGAGAAAAGAAACUGAAGAUAAAAGAUUUUCUACCAACUUCUUAAGUUACACAAAUUACUUUCUAAGUCACCAGAACAGCUAGGUAAUUGAAAUAGAAUAAGUUCUAUAAUAUCCAAAUCUGCUACAGUCAUGAACAUUUCACUACAUUUGGUUAUGAUGAGAACAAAAAUCCAUAUUUACACUGAGCCAUUUAAAAAAAA